UAUUUAUCAUAAAUUUUCGGGAAAUCUCUAGUCUUUACCAGUCUCUGAUCUCAAAAAACCAAGAAACAAUGGCGAUCUUUGUGGGCCCCCGCCGCUCUCUCCUCCUCGCUGCGCUCGUCGUCUGUGUCUGCCUUCUUUCCUCUUUGAUCGUUCAGGGGACUGACUUCGAGUAUUGCAAUAAGAAAGCCAAUUAUCCUGUUAAGAUCAGUGGGGUCGAGAUUCAACCUGAUCCAAUUGAAACCGGGAAGCCAGCUAAAUUUAAAAUUUCAGCGACUACCGGGGAUGUCAUAUAUAAGGGGAAAGUUGAGCUUGAUGUGAAGUACUAUUUCUUGCAUGUCCACUCAGAAACUAAGGAUCUUUGCGAGGAGACAAGUUGCCCGAUUACAACUGGUGACUUUGUGCUGUCACAUGAACAGACCUUACCAUCGCUCACUCCUCCCGGUUCAUAUACACUCACAAUGAAGAUAUACGGAGAAGACGGUAAGAAACAGCUAUCAUGCAUUGACCUCUACUUCAGCAUCAGCUGGCUGUCAUCCUCAGUUGCUGAUAUCUGAACAACCAGCGAUGCUGCUUGAAUAUCAUAUAAUGGUUUAGUGUGUAAUAAUAUCAUGUGUAAUAUGUAGUAUGUGCUCGGUGAACCCUGUAGGAUUUGUUUCCAGUGAUGGAAUCAAAGAACUGAACUUAUGUGUCUUUGGCUAGUGAUGAAUAAGGACAUGAGCCUUGUGUUUUGGCAGUUGAUGAUUUAGAAAAGAUGGGUCUAAUGCGCGGAAGUUGCAAUAUUGCAGAGUACUUGUUUGUUUUAUGCA